CGAGGCGGUACUUCCGGAUCCCCCCAGGUCCCCAAGCUUUACUUUUGUAGGGCACGACGAGAAAGUCCGCGGCCCCAAACAAUAACUAUUACAUCCAUUUUACAGGGCUUAGCCAGUUCCUGACCAACAGCUGGAACUCAAAAACAGUUUGCUAAGUGAGCGAAUGAAAGAAUCAACCCACUUCUCUUCAGUGCUGCACAGCACAGCAGAUAUCCCAGCUCAGAUAUGGGUUAAAAGACCACAGGCCUACCUGGAGGGCUCAGCUGUCUUAAUUCCUGGGAGACCCUGGACAUGCCAGGAUGUAUUGUGGAGUAGUUGCAUAUAGAAGAUGGGGAGGAAGUCCCAAACACUACCCCCAGCUCCCUCUUGCCUGAAGAUGUUCCACCAAAUUUGGGCAGCUCUACUCUACCUCUAUGGCAUUCUCCUUAACUCCAUCUACCAGUGCCCUGAGCACAGUCAGCUGACAACUGAAGGAGUAGAUGGGAAAGAGUUCCCAGAGCCCCACCUGGGCCGGUGGUACUUUAUCGCAGGGGCAGCUCCCACCAAGGAGGAGUUGGCGACUUUUGACCCUGUGGACAACAUUGUCUUCAACAUGGCCGUGGGCUCUGCCCCCAUGCAGCUCCAGCUUCGAGCUACCAUCCGCACGAAAAAUGGGCUCUGUGCGCCCCGGAAAUGGACCUACCACCUGUCUGAGGGGAGCACAGAUCUCAGAACCGAAGGCCGCCCUGACAUGAAGACCAAGCUCUUCUCCAGCGCAUGCCCAGGCGGAAUCAUGCUAAAAGAGACAGGCCAGGGUUACCAGCGCUUCCUCCUCUACAAUCGCUCACCACACCCUCCCGAGAAGUGUGUGGAGGAAUUCCAGUCCCUGACCUCCUGCCUCGACUUUAAGGCCUUCUUGCUGACUCCCAGGAAUCAAGAGACCUGUGAGCUGUCCAGUAACUGACCUGUGGCUUCAUCUGUACCCCCCAGAUGGAUACAGUGGGAACUGAGUUUGUGGUAGGGGGAGAAGCUGGAGACUCUUAACUCCCUUUCAAGAAUAAUAAAGAUGAUUUU